AUUGCUGAAUAACCUUUUUUUUUGUAAGUUGGUAAUAAUUUUCUUCUGUAUAUUAGUUCUACAUAUUUUGACAUGGAUUUUGGCAUACUAGGAAAAAAAUCACACUGACAGUGUUUUUGAAUGGAGGAGUAGCAUGCAAGCUGCAUCUGACAAGUUAAGUAGCUUUGCUCGGAGGGGUCUUCUUUUUUGAAUUACGCAACUAUUUAUACAUGUAUUGCAAGAGAGUUGUGUCAUUUGCCAGAGGGGAUCCUGUCUCAUCAUCAAGUUGAAAUAUUUCUUUUGAGCAGCACUGCUUUUAUUGAGGUCAACAUUUUUUCCAUCUAUUUCUUUUUAAAAUUGUUGGUCAGAAUUAUUUUCAGGCACGAAUGUGCUUUUGGAGUGGUUUGCAGCUCCGUUUUGCUUUUCAAGGUUGCCUGCACUUGAUUUGGUGAAGUUAGAAAGCACAUUUUAAACACUUUUGAUUAUUUAAGUGUAAGAUAUUAGACAGAGUGAGUUAAGUGACAGAAUUGCAUCAAUGUUAAGCUUGUCUUAUAUGUAAAAGUUUAUUUCCUUGAUACAGAGCUACUGUCAUUCUAUUUUACGCUGCACUCUCUCCUAAUCUGGGGCUUAACCGCCUCAAAUCCAAUUACACUAAUUGGAUGUAUAUUUGCGUCGACUAUAGGAGGUAACUGUUUUUUAUAGACUCCACGCUUCCACUCAAAUCCUGCUUCCAGUGCAGCGCAACUAAAAGAGUGUUUCUUUUGUUAUAAACUCAAAUUUAACUAAUAUAUUGAGUUUAUUAAGUAAAUGUCCACUGAUCUGCAUUGUACACGUUUUCCAACAUGUUCCAAGAAGCAGUAUACAGUUUAGAUUGUAAAAUCACUGCUAAUAAACACCAGUUGAUGUUCACUUUGAAAUUUCAUUAUAGCUUUUUUCAUAGUGACAGAGCCAUUAAGGAAAUAACUACUAAAUUAAUAUGUUUUUGGAGCUUUCCUAAGUGUGCUUUUAUAUUUAGAUCUGCGGAAAUACAGUUAUUAAUGGGCCUCAAACAAGGCUAACACAAGUAGUGAGGUAGCGUUUUAUGUCCAGAUACUGCAAGUGAAUUCUCCAAUGAGGCAUCAUCUCAGCUUAUUUUGAUUUCUCCUUCUAACUAGUUGAUAUAUUUCCCGGCUGAUGAGAGCUGAUGAGCUUAGGGAGGAAUUAAAUCUUUUAACCUUGUUUGAGGCCGUGUAACCCUGUAUCUUGCCGGCCUCUCUAAUGGGUCUGUGGGCCGCUGCACUUGUUAUAGAGUAAUGACUUUUAUGAAGUGGCUUCCCUUCAUGUGUUGUCAAGGAAAUAAGAAGCGAGGUGUGAGAAUCAGAAGAGGGAGAAGGAGAUGUGGGAUAGGCAGGAGGGUUCCUCUCGCAGUUUCGCGGAAAUGUACGCGUCUCUCCAAGGUCACGGCGACGGCCGAACGUACCCAUAACACUUUUAGCAAACAAACUCAUUUGCAUGGUGCUGACAUUUGUUGCUUCACUAACUUCAUCUGAUAAUGGGCGGCCCUUGCUGCUGAUCGGAAAGCGUACUUCUUAAUUGUGUGUUGCCAGGCAACAUAGGUUUCAGUGGUAAUCAGAGGCAGAUAAUCUUCACAUUUAAGGAAACGGGAAAGUGGAGCUCCGCAUUCAGUGUUACACAUUUAGUUUUUUUUACACGUGUUACUUUUUUGCAGAGAUAAUUGAGUGAAAACAAUAAGACUGUGUAGGCCACUAAAUGAAAUCAUUUCUUUUACCCACCCGCUCCCCCUGAGCAGUGUACAUCUCAAGAAAUUGCUAGUCAUUUUUCUGCAGAGGCGCUUGUAUAUCUGUGAAGAGCCUCUCGCAUUACAUGCAUGGCGUUUUAUGUUAAAACAUGCAUAUUGAUGAAAAGUUGACAUGUAAUUCCUUUUACACGUCCUGAAUAAAUCCUCCCAAUACAAAGCACGGUCCUUUUCAUCGUCUCACAUUAAAGUGGACGUUUACACAUAGCGUCAAGGCAUCUACAUUAUCAUACCAUUAAAUUCAAAUUUAUUCUCCAAGGAGAGUUGUAAAAACAAAGACGUGAGCAGAAGUGAAAUCGGUGCUUUCUUAAAAUAUUUAAGUAGAUGUAGGUGCAGGUGGGAGGGCCCUGCCUCCUCUCCGCUGGGCGCUGUCUUGGUUGGCUAAAGCUGUAAGUAGUGUUAAUAAUGGCAUUAAACGGUUGAGUCAAGCUCUGUUGCACCAUUUCCUUCAACCUUAAGUAGGGAGAGGGCCUCGAAGCACUUGCAUUGGCCAUGGAGUUGUCCGUCAGUGGCAUCCCACAGAGCGGCACAGGUAUUCGGCCUCAAAUCAUGAACGGGCCCAUGCAUCCCCGCCCGUUGGUGGCCCUGCUGGACGGGCGUGAUUGCACCGUGGAGAUGCCCAUCCUUAAAGACUUAGCAACCGUUGCCUUCUGUGAUGCUCAGUCCACGCAGGAGAUCCACGAGAAGGUGCUUAAUGAGGCAGUGGGUGCCAUGAUGUACCACACCAUCACCCUGACCAGAGAGGACCUGGAAAAGUUCAAAGCUCUACGCAUCAUCAUCCGCAUCGGCAGCGGCUACGACAACAUUGACAUAAAGGCUGCUGGAGAGCUGGGCAUCGCCGUGUGCAACAUUCCCUCGGCAGCUGUGGAGGAGACGGCAGACUCGACCUUGUGCCACAUCCUCAACCUUUACCGGCGGAACACCUGGCUCUACCAGGCUCUGCGGGAGGGCACGCGAGUCCAGAGUGUGGAGCAAAUCCGGGAGGUGGCAUCCGGUGCCGCCCGCAUACGUGGCGAAACCCUGGGUCUCAUCGGUUUUGGUCGUUCGGGCCAGGCGGUUGCAGUGCGAGCCAAGGUUUUCGGCUUCAACGUCAUCUUCUACGACCCCUAUCUGCAGGACGGCCUGGAGCGCUCGCUGGGCGUCCAGCGCGUCUACACCCUGCAAGACCUGCUCUACCAGAGCGACUGCGUCUCCCUGCACUGCAACCUGAACGAACACAACCAUCACCUCAUCAACGACUUCACCAUCAAACAGAUGCGUCAGGGUGCAUUCUUGGUCAAUACUGCACGGGGAGGUCUGGUGGAUGAGAAAGCUCUGGCCCAGGCGUUAAAGGAGGGAAGGAUACGCGGAGCUGCCUUAGACGUCCAUGAGACCGAGCCCUUCAGUUUUGCUCAGGGCCCACUGAAAGAUGCUCCAAACCUGAUCUGCACGCCACACACAGCCUGGUACAGCGAGCAGGCCUCACUGGAAAUGAGGGAGGCCGCAGCUACCGAGAUCCGAAGAGCCAUCACCGGCCGUAUCCCUGACAGCCUACGAAACUGCGUCAACAAGGAGUUCUUUGUCACUACGGCACCGUGGGCGGUCAUGGAUCAGCCAGGCGUUCACCCUGAGCAUAAUGGCGCUGCCUACAGAUACCCGCCAGGUGUGGUUGGAGUGGCUCCGGGCGGCAUCCCAGGGGCUUUAGAGGGCAUGGUGCCUGGUGGGGUGCCCAUCGCCCACACCUUGCCCUCUGGUACACACCCCUCCCAGGCCCCAUCGCCCAACCAGCCCUCUAAACACGGCGACACCAGAGAGCACCUCACCGAGCAAUAGCAGCAGAAAGGAUACAUACGGCAGCAUCUCAUCCGGCCUGUUGACACUCAGAAACAACCAAUCAAAGCAACUGACCAACUGGGACCAAGAGACAGUGAAACGACACAAGCGGCUGCCUGCUAAAAAUCCAGCCAGCAACUGGGAACAAAAGAAGUGUUCCGGGAAAUUUGUACUUUUAACCCUUUUAGUUUUUACUCUCUGUCUCUUUGGGUUCAGUUACCGACUUUACUCUUUGAUGAUGAUGUAUUUUUGUCUUUCUUUGGGACAUGCCUAUGAUUGUGGACACUGAGUCCAGUGUUUUUAGUGCUCCGGGAUUACCCGAUGAGACUCUGUUCAGCUGCCCCCACCGUACCACCCACCUCGGAGCUCAUGGGAAAUGUAAGCCCACUUCUAAACACACCAACUGAACAAGAGAAAAAAGAAAAAGAAAAAAAAGAAAGAAAAACCUUUGGCAUCAUACGUUACUGGAUCGUAUGACCCCUGACAGCGCUCCUAAUCUUCCCCGCCUCUUCUUCACCCAGCUCCAAUCCUCAUUAUGUAACAAGUGUGUGUUAUUUAGGCCCCCAAUUAUGCCUCAGAAGAGAAUUAUUAUUAAUAUUGUUUUUUUCUUUUUAUCAUCAGUGUGAAUGACUAAAAAUGGAUUAUCAGCUUAUAUAUAUUUAUCAAAUUAAAGAAAAAGAUUGCUCAUCAAUUAUAGUAAUCAAAAGUGGGCUUUAACCCUUUCCUGGCAGUGGUACAUUUGACACCUGUCACAGCUGGAGUUACAGCUUUUCACCACUAGAGGGCACUUGUACACAGUGUGAGAAUUUUUGAGUUUUAAGUGUCUCCAACUUACUAUUUUUUAAGGCAGUUGGUGAAAGCCAUUCAUUAAACACGUAAUUGCAGCUGAAGCUUUUGAAAAGAAGUUAUUUUGUACUUUUAGUUCCUAAAAGCUCAGCGAUGCAUCCAGUUCUCUCCAGAGAAGCGUCUGAUGGCUAACUAAUCAUAAUGGCAGUCUUGUUAGACAUGGUGACCCAGUCCCUUCUGUGAGCACAUUUCACACUGAAGACAGGAAAGGGUUAAAUUCAGCAUGGUUUCUUAAUGACUCAGGAAUAACACUUUUUUUUGCAGAUAUUGUUUCUCCUCCCGCCCCUCCCCCCCGCAAAAUAAUUGUCUAUAAAAGGAAAAAAAGAAAACAAAGACUGAUCUGGUUCGUCUGAAUAUUGAAUAUUUCUCUCCAUCAUCCUCUCCAUCGUGGUAUUUUUAUAAAAAGGACACGUUCACACAUUUUUUUGGUGUUAAAGAGUUUUGAGGAGUCCUGUUAGAUUCGUAUUGCCUAGUUAAAUGUUCCUAUAACCAUAGUCCUAUGUGAUCCCCCCUCUCUACCUGCUCCUUAAUAUUUCCUUUGUUCUAAUGAAGGCCAGGUUCUUUGGGGCAUCCUUUCUCUGUAAGAGCAAUAGCUGAAACUCUUAUUUAGUGUCCCAACAAUAGCAGAAGAGGCAGCCAGCAGUAUGUUUUUGUUUUUAGUGUGAGUAUUUGUAUUUGUUUCUUGUACAAGGUGAACAUUUAGCAUUCAGUGCAGUUCAAAUAAAAAAAAGAAAAAAAAAAAAA